CUCAAUACUACCCAUCUGAUUUCACAUCAUAUUCUAACCGAGAAAGGUGGUCUACGCAUUCCACGGAUCGGGCAGGAGAAGAUGAUGAUGAUACUCAUGGAGCUGCAACAUACGGAAUCACAAAUCUUUUCGCCCCGUUAGGCUCUUACCUGUCCAUGAAGCAAGUGGGAAGGAAAACAAAUGUGGGAAGUAGACCAUGAAAAAUCGCCGUUUUCCACCGGAGGGAACCAAUAACCACAAUCCAAACUUCAACUUUCCACGAAAUAUCCCAUAUAACAGAAUCAUUAUAAAUAUAAUCUCUCUGUCUCCCUCUUCUCUCUCAGAUGUCCUUGGAUUCUUUUGAGGAUCUUGGUUCCUGAACUGGUUUCCCAAGAAGCUCCUAAUUCAAUGGCUCACGGCCAACCGAGAGUCGGAGUCAUGGAUUCAGGGGAGAAGAGGCUGAAUGAGCUGGGGUACAAGCAAGAACUCAGAAGAGAAAUGACUUUGUUCAAAACUCUUGCUAUAUCGUUUUCAACUAUGACACUUUUCACAGGGAUAACUCCCUUGUAUGGUUCAAGCCUGCUAUAUGCAGGGCCCGCCACUCUCGUCUGGGGGUGGAUUGUAGUGACAUUCUUCACCUGGUUUGUUGGAGUAGCCAUGGCCGAAAUCUGCUCAUCUUUUCCGACGACAGGUUCUCUAUACUUCUGGGCUGCUCAUUUGGCUGGCCCCAAAUGGGGUCCAUUUGCAUCAUGGUGCUGCGCUUGGCUGGAGACAAUUGGGCUUAUUGCUGGUAUAGGCACACAGGCUUAUGCUGGAUCUCAGACACUGCAGAGUAUCAUUUUAUUAUGCACUGGAACAAAUAAAGAUGGCGGGUACUAUGCUCCUCGAUGGUUAUUCUUAUGUAUGUACAUGGGUCUUACGAUUAUAUGGGCUGUGCUCAACACCUUUGCAUUAGAAGUCAUUGCCUUCAUUGACAUUAUUUCAAUAUGGUGGCAGGUCAUUGGAGGGUUAGCUAUUGUUAUUAUGCUUCCCCUGGUAGCACUGACUACACAAUCCGCUUCAUAUGUUUUCACUCAUUUUGAAACAGCAUCUGAAUCAACCGGGAUAUCAAAUGUAGUUUAUGCAGCCAUUCUAUCUGUUCUUGUCAGUCAAUAUUCACUAUAUGGAUAUGAUGCUGCAGCACAUCUAACUGAAGAAACAAAAGGUGCCGAUAAGAAUGGUCCAAUUGCCAUCCUUUCUAGUAUAGGGAUCAUUUCCAUAUUCGGGUGGGCUUACAUCUUGGCUCUUACUUUCAGCAUUCAGGACCCCAGCUACCUGUAUGACCCAACCAAUGAGACUGCUGGAGCAUUUGUGCCAGCCCAAAUACUUUAUGAUGCAUUCCAUGGACGGUAUCACAAUGCUACUGGAGCAAUCAUCUUGCUUUUUAUCAUAUGGGGAUCUUUCUUCUUUGGUGGACUUUCAAUCACGACCAGUGCAGCUAGAGUGGUAUAUGCUCUGUCAAGAGAUGAAGGGAUUCCUUUUUCAUCCAUAUGGCGAAAAGUCCACCCAAAGCAUAAGGUUCCUUCAAAUGCAGUGUGGCUUUGUGCAGUCAUCUGCAUUCUUCUUGGGCUCCCAAUCUUGAAAGUCAAUGUGGUCUUUACUGCUAUAACUUCAAUAUGUACAAUUGGAUGGGUGGGUGGUUAUGCAGUUCCCAUCUUUGCAAGAAUGGUGAUGGCUGAGAAGAACUUCAAACCAGGGCCAUUUUAUUUGGGCAAAGCAAGAAGACCAGUUUGCUUGGUAGCCUUUCUAUGGAUUUGUUACACAUGCUGUGUCUUCCUUUUGCCUACUUUUUACCCGAUUACUUGGGAUACUUUCAAUUAUGCCCCAGUGGCAUUAGGUGUGGGUUUAGGCCUCAUAAUGCUUUGGUGGAUGUUGGAUGCAAGGAAAUGGUUUAAGGGACCUGUAAGGAACAUUGAUAUUCAGAAUGGGAAGGUUUAGCCCUCUCCCAUAAAUUGAAAUACUAUGUAUGUUGUUGAAAUUCUUUUGAAAUUAAGGUCACAUUCUUCAAUUAGCUCUUGGAUA